AUGCGGCAGCAGCAACAACAGCAGCAGCAACAGCAGCAGCAACAGCAGCAGCAGCAGCAGCAGCAGCAGCGACAACAACAGCAGAAGCAAGGGCAGCAGCAGCAGCAGCAGCAGCAGCAGCAGCAACAGCAGCAGCAGCAGCAGCAGGCUGCUCACAUAUCUGCUGCUUCUAUGGCCAGCUGUCUCCUCCGAAUAGCAUCAGCCUUCUCCUCAGCCCCCAACGCCAGCAGCAAACUAUCAACCCUAAACCUGCAGCAGCAGCAGCAGCAGCAGCAGCAGCAGCAGCAGCAGCAGCAGCAGCAGCAACAGCAGCAACAGCAGCAGCAGCAACAGCAGCAGGAGCAGCAGCAGCAGCAACAGCAGCAGCAGCAGCACAAAGAGAUAUAUUAG